AUGGGCGAAAGUGUCGACACGGCCGCUACCGACUCCAACGACACUAGUAACGCGCCCCGACACGGCUCGGCGAGGAGUCGCGGCCACCGGCGCACUUUCGAGGUAAAGGCGACGCCCCAGACGGCGUUGGAAUGGGAUUUCAUGUCACGACGACCGCCUGGAAAGAGGACCAAUAUUAUCGAGUCCAUUGGCCACCUAAUCAAGAGCUGCCUCGGCGGCGGUGUCGUGGCCAUUCACGAGUCUUUCAAGCACUGUGGCCUGUGGACGUCUGUAAUUCUUACAAUCGUUCUCGGAUUCAUGGUCAGCUACUGCAUGUUUAUAAUAGCACGCUCUGCACAAAAGAUCUAUGGAAGGGUGCAAGUUCCAAUGAUGUCUUAUCCAGAUUUGGCGGAAGCAACACUCGUCAUUGGACCAUUUAAAAGUUUAAGGAAAUACAGCAGAUGCUUCAGAUACGCGGUCGAUUUCACAAUAGGCGUGGACCUGUUUGGCUCAUGCUGCGUAUAUCAGGUGAUGAUAUGCAAAACAAUAAAACAACUAGUGGAGGGUACGGAAGAAAUCAGCAACGAAGGCAACCCCCCACUGAGAGUCUACAUUCUGGCCAUCUUCAUACCGUGUGUUCUUAUCUGCAUGAUAACCACUCUGAAGUACCUAGCACCGUUCUCCAUUGUGGCUGAUAUAUUCCUAUUGAUCCUCGCGCUUGCCACCAUCUAUUACGGCACGAAGACCGCGAAACGUAGCCCCCUCGACUUUCCCGCGUUCAAAAAUCUCGCCGGACUAUUAGAGUUCCUGGGGGUUUGCGUGUUCAGCAUGGAGGGUGUCGGGGUAACGCUCGCCAUAGAGAACAACAUGCAGAACCCGAAGAAAAUUGGCACCGUGCUAACUGGAGGCAUGUCAAUAGUGGUGGGCAUAGUCAUGUGUAUGGGAUUCUUUGGCUACUGGGGCUUCGAUGAGGAUUCUAAGUCGCCGGUGACUUUGAACUUUCCAUUCACAGGUUUCUCAAUCACUCUCAAAGUCUUCAUGGCUCUGAUCAUCUACGUCACUUUCGCUCUCAACUUCUGGGUGCCGUUCGAGCUGGUGUGGCACUACAUCAAACAACGCUACGAACCCUCCAAGUACUGGUUAUGGGAGAGGGUGUAUCGGGCCAUCUUCGUGGUGGGGAUCACAUUGAUUGCCUUCGUUUUCCCCAACGUGUCCUCUUUCAUCGGAUUGCUUGGCUCCUUCUGUUUGUCCAACAUGGGCUUCAUUUACCCGGCUUUCAUCGAGCUCUGUCUGGAUUGGGAGUACCCGGGGCUCGGCUUCAUGAAGUGGCGACUGAUCAAGUGUCUCCUGAUCACGGCUUUCGGCAUCUUCCUUUGUUGUUUCGGCACUUACUUAAACGGCAAAGAGCUGCUGCGCCAGUCCUUC